AGUCAAGUUUAGAUUAACCGCGUGGUAAACAGAAACGAGACGUGUUAUAGCGGAAAAAUGUGGUGAAGAAUGAGAAACGUAUCGAAAUUCGCCGUUUAUUGUGAAGUUUUGCAAGGUUUUCGCACUUAUAGAGCUUUCAAUGGUGGGGGAAGUUGUCAAGUAAAGGGGUUAGUGGUCUAGUGAUUUUGAGGAAUGGAAAUUAGACGUUGAAAUUGUGACUUGGCGCGGUUCGAGUAGUGGUUUUUGCUUUGUGAUUUUGGGGUCGAUGCCUUUUUCGAGGAGUCCUGUGUGCUUUUAGGCUGUGAUGUAGAAAUAUAAGAAGUGAAACUAUUUGUUUUAGGUGCGUUUUUUCUAUAAAUGUGCGAGCAUCAAAACUAGGUAAAACUCCAUAGAACACCAGUUGCUAGGACUUAGUCUAUCCAUUCCCGGACUUGAUUUCAAUGAAACAUCUUCCACCCCCAGGGUAAAAAUAUCCCCCAGCACAGGGUCAACUCUGAAGUAGAGGAUUGAUGGAAAGGGAGAAAGUCAUGUAAAUCGUCGACCGACAGCACUCGAAUUAGAAGAAGCACGAUGAUUUGGCAACCGACCCGCGUACUUCUGCAGGGCCUCGUUCUUCUAACCUUCAGCUUGCACUGGUUCGCGCUGGCCACUUUGCCGAGCAACGCCAAGUUUUACACGAUACACUGGAACUCGUCGAACCCCAUUUUUCGUAUCGAUAACACCGACAAUAUCAUCGAUGUCAAUAGGAACAACGUUAAGUUUGAAUAUGAUCAGGUGAACCUGAUAUGCCCCGUGUACAUGCCCGGCAUGCGAGACGAAGAGAUGGAGAAGUACAUCAUCUACAACGUUUCCAAGGAUGAAUACGAAACCUGUAGGAUAACUAACCCCAAUCCCAAGAUAAUAGCUGUUUGCGAUAAACCUUACAAGCUUAUGUAUUUUACUAUUACGUUUAGACCGUUCACACCUCAACCGGGAGGGCUGGAGUUUUUGCCAGGUCAUGACUACUACUUCAUCUCCACCUCGACGAGCGACGACUUGCACCGGAGGAUAGGCGGCCGGUGUACGACUCACAACAUGAAGAUCGUCUUCAAGGUGUGGGGCCCACCUCAGGCACCCAUCACCAGCCCUCCGCCCCCCGUGACGUCGAAGCCUUCGUGGUGGUCGGUGACGGCGCAGCGCACGACGACGUCGUCCACCACCUCGUCUACCACGACAAGCCCUCCGACGACAACCACGAAAAAGUCCAAGACUUAUAACAAACACCCCAACGAGGUGGUGAAAAGUGAAGAACUGACUCUAGGCGGCGCUACGUGCGGCGCCAAUGUCGUGAUGGUCGCGGUGUGCGCGUUCUCGUUGGUGGUGUUUGCGUUUCGAUGAAAUUUCUGAGCCUUUUCGAGACUCGAUGUGUUCUCCCUCUGCCCUCCUCCCUUUUGUACGGCUAUUAUGUAAAAUGUCCGGACUAUACGUCUUCGGUGACCUAAAACUAUCCUAAUUUAUAUAAAUGAAUAUGAGAGUAAUUGGUAUCCGUGGAUCGCCCCGAAACGGUUUCCAAGCGGUAUCUGGGUUGGUUGCGAAGGAAUUUCGGUUUCCGUCGGAGAACUUUUUUCUGAGCUUGGCAAGCCAGGAGAAAUCAGGUUCUUCGAAUUUAUCGAGUAAUGUCACACCAAUAGUUGUGUCCUUGAAUAUUUUGGGAAAAAAAUCGAUUGAGAAAUGUUUACUUUUUUGAGUAAUGCCCCAUUGAAUAAUUUUAAAAUUUGUAGAUGAGUUCUUUAAAGGGCAAAUACCAACAUGAGUAAGCCGCAAAAUUGAGGAAUUCCUUGUUGAAUAUUCAAUCUUUGACGAAGCUCAUGGUGUCUACAAACCAGUGUAAACAUUAAAGUAAUUGACAAAAUGGUUUAGACUUUUGCGGCUGAGGUUUUCAGUGUCA